CAAAAUCACUAAGAGCAAACUCUACAGGAUUUUUAGAUGUAAUUUUGGGUCAUACCCAUUGAGCAUUUUCAGAAACUCUAAAAAGGUGAUGUACUGAGUAGUGAUUAUCUAUAGAUCCCAUGUAACAUGCUAAUGCAAUCUGCCAGUGCUCAUCAAUUUAAAUCAAAUAAGCUGCAUAUUAUCUACUGGCAGUAAUUUCUGUAGGCUCCAUACCAGGAAGUUGUUUAAAAAGUGUCCUUUCCAUUAUCAUUAAGUCUAUCAUUUCUUGAUAAUAAGGAGAUGCAAUACUUGUGGAGAAUCAUACCUCACAGAAAUGUCUAUAAUACUGUUACCUUCUGGACAUACACUUUAAUAGGAGAUGAAUGCUCACUUUCUUUCCCACAUGGAAGUACUGAGGCAUUUCCAAACAAUCAGAGAGCAAUCUCUGGCUAUGGAAGAAAAGGGUACUGAAGCAUAUCAUAUCUAUUGAGUCCCAGGAAAGAUUCCUGGAAUGGGAAACCUGACUUCUGGAGAGUUAUGAGGAAAUCUGGUUAGCAGGGAGGCAAUGUCAGUUCCUCAUGACAUCAGGGGUGUCUCAUGCCUGGACAUUCUAUUGUAUCCUGGAGACUUCAGAAUGUUAUCUGAUGUCACCUGUGUUGUAGCAACACCAACUGCCCUUGGACAGUUGGUUCAGUGCCCUUACAGUUCAGCCAUGAACAUGUUGGGAAGACUCAGAAGUCUAUUGGGUAGAGAGAAAGGAGAAGGAAAAGAGACCAGAGAGAGGCAGACACAAGCUGGCCUUCAGCCUCAAUGUAAAACAACAAGAAAGAAAUGGUCCAGAAGAUGGUACAGGGCCUCCAAGGAGCCACCACCCACACCAACCAGUCUCACAAAGAAGCAAGUGAAGCAGAAAGUGAAGAGCCUGACCACUCAGCUCCAGGUGAUGACUGCCCAACGGAAUGAUCUGAGAGACCGCCUCAUAUUAGUAACCGAAGGAUCCUUGGACAACAGGUAUUUACUGUUUCAAAAUCCAUGGGCUGGGUUGUUGAGGCAUAGUGAUGUGGGUGACCAGAGUUGGCUGACAUGGUCUUACUAUUUGGAGUGUGUUUCUAGUGAUCUGCAGAGCCGGCUCCUGAUGGAGCAGAGACAGCUCAAAAAGAAAUUGGAUAUGCUGAGGCAAGAGAAGGAGAACUUACUGGAGGAUUGGGUCCUGCUGAAGCACCACUCCGAUGACUUGCAAGUGCUCAGUAAGGGUCAAGAGGAGACCAGUGACCUCCAGAACCAGCAACAGCAGAUAGGACAGGCAGCUGGGUCACAGUAGGAGCAGCAAAGAAUGGAAGAGAGACUCCAGAGCUUGCUGAAGCAGAGGGAGCUGGUCACACAGCAGAAACACCUGGCAAUAAAGCUGCAGCAUCAUUUGACUGUCUCCCAGAUGAGGUCUGAAAAUCUCCAACAUGAGCUGGAACAAUCCACAGCUCAGGAUGAGAGCCUCCUGACCACAGAGCUGCUGCAGCAGGAGCACUAAAUGUCAUAAGCAACACCCUUUAUGAGAACUGAGGAGGCUGAAGGAAUCCAUAGUCAACUAGAAACACUGACAUUCUCCACUCUGUGAUCAAGGCCUCCUCAGAACAAGACAUGUACUACUAGUUGUGAAAUCACCAGUGAGGCAAAUAUCAUCUGCCCUGAGGUCGUCCAUCCAUAAUCUCAUCCAUGUGUCUGUUGACUCACUAGUUAUGGAAUAAAGAACCCAUCAAGAAGAUGCUAGAGAUUCAAAAAAAUAAACACCAAGAGUUAUGCAGAAAAAGCUGACAUCUACCAGCAAGUGUUCCCAGUGAGGGCCACAACAACAAGGAGAGACAAUAUGAUUCCACUCAUAGUUACUCUGAAAGUUUAUUGCUACAAACUUUUGGUAGCUGGCUGAGUCCUGAGCCCUUCAUAUGUGGAGGGAGAUAUGUCAACAGAGACUGUGUUGAUGUCAUGCUGCUAUCUAGAUAGACCACACAAAGGAAGCAUCAUAUUCUUACUCCAGUCCGGUGCUGGACAUACUAAAUUUCAUGUACAUGUGAUGGUGAAGAGAAUUGUUCUGAGAGAUGAUUUAGGAUGGAAGUCACCAUGAGCUUUUAUAUCUUUUGGUAAGAGAUGCUCCCUGUGUCAUUUUUUACUCUUGAAUGGGCACACAGACACAUGUUGGCAGACAGAAUCAUAUAGUGGCAACAUGGCAUAAGAUCAACUUUGGCAAGGACUUAACCUAGAAGCCCCAAAGUGGCAUGACUGCACUUGUCUGGAGGAGGUUAUUUCAGUGCAGGGUUCUCUUUCAACUUGUGUACAAAGCCAGCCACAGAGCGUAGGACAUCUGCAUGAAGAAAAAACUUCUUAUGUAAAUAGUUUUGGU